AAUUAUUUAUCCAUGUACUAUGUCUAACACGGACUAAUCCCCAAACUCUCGUGUGCACCUCUGCACAGUCACCGCCGCUCACAGGUCUCUUUAUAGGAAUAGUAUUACGUAGUAUCACCGAUCUUUCCUAACUUAACAAGGAAUGCCUCACUUUCUCUAACUACACAAGGGUCUGUUUUUAUUUUAAAUAGUUUGGGAGAACUAUAUGGAGUCUUUUUUCUUUUUUACUUAACACAGUCUCAUGUCUUUACCUUGAUGGUGUACACUUUCUCUCUCCCUCUCUUUCACAAUCUGCUUUUGAAUGCAUGUAAAGCCUGUUUAUCUGUGAUUUGCAUAUGAUGAUAUUACUACUGUAUACUACUGCCAUACUGUAAACAGGUUUUUGUUGCUGUGUCCACGCUUCAUGUGCCUGUGUUUGAAAUAACUUCCAGGUCCCUUUACUGUAUCUGGUCUUGUCCAGUUUAUGGUGCAAUUCUCCUGCUCUUUCAAAUGCAACUCAUUGUGCUUGCCAGACAGUCACAUUGUGUCCACACACUGAUUUACAUGAGCCUGUUCAAGAAAGGCUAUAAAAUAAUCUCAGCUUUGUUUACUGACAACAUAAACUAGUCUCUUUCAUGGUGACUGAGACGCAUUCUUGUGUGCUACCUUAGUGCAUGCUCAAAUACAGAGCUUCUACAAAAUGCCCUAUUAAUCAUUCGCAUCAUUAAGCAGAUGCCCCGAGUUAAUGUUUAACCUCAUAACAUCCUAUCAUUUUUAGUGUGGAGCAGGUGGUAUGACCGCGAUAAAGGUUGCUUGAAUAAUAUUGUAGAUACCAAGGUUUACGACAUGAAUGGGGUGUAUUGUUUGUUAUGAAAAUGUAUCAAAUAUAAUUGUUUCCUGUCUUUCUCUCUACCGGUCUCAUAUGUUACACAGACUAUUUACAUUUACAAGAAAUUUCAUUUAGUUGUGUUCCCAUGUGUUUGGACAUAGCAUGUGCGGUUCCAGAUGUAGCUCCCUUAGCAUUCUCUCACUUCCUUACUUCUUUAUGGGGCGACAAUGUCUUCCUCUCUAUGGAGUAAAGGGCAGCUGCCUCUGUGAAAAAGCCAAGACAGCUGGAAGGAGCUGUGAGAGGAGCUGUAUUAGGAUUACGUUGCAAUAUCUGUCUCUUUGUCCUAAAGGAGACUGUGCACUUCCUGUCUGACCUGUUCUGAAAACAGAGACUUUUAUAUGAAACUGUUUGGAUGGGAAAAUGGUUUCAUUCUGGUUGUUUUAAACCAUCUCUUUUAAGUAAGUCAUAAGUUAUUGUUUUUGAAUUAUGUAAGAUGUGCUACCUGACAUUGUUUUUUUUUUUGUAUUGGUUUGGUUUAAAAUUUAACCCAGUACUGAUGAUUUGCCAGAUCAGUACAGUAUUUGGCCGAAACAAAUUGCUUUUUGAGCUUGUGGGUUUUUAGCGAGCUGUCAUGUUAAAUAUUGCGGAUAUCACUUUGAGCAAGUCCAUUAUUAAUAUUGGUUCAGUGUUACAUUGCACAGUGUAUCUCUAUAAAGUUAGACAGUUUAACCACAAGUCUACUACUUCAGCGUCUCGAUAAGGUUGUCUUUGUUGAUUUAUUUAUGGCUGUACCUUGCCAGGCUGUAGUAAAUCCUGAAUUAAACUUGGCCUUGGCGUGUGCAUAACAGUUUUUCUUUCAGUUGCAAAGCAUGCAUUGUUACACAUCAUCAUCAAGUGGGUUAUUGUGUGUUAGCAUGAAGUCUUGUUAGCUUUGUUUAUACCCACACGCAAAAAAAAUAAAAACUGCAGUAUCUUCUAUAUAUUAACUAUGUAAGUUAGUCAUUAAACAGUAGGUAAAGUUAUUUUUUCUGGUAGCUUGACAUUUGGGCAAAUUGAACACUUCAAAUUGUCUCUCUACAGCUACAGCUCAAAUACACUGAGAGUAAAAAAAGACUACAGGGAUACAAAGUUAAUGUCAUCACAUAAUAGUGAAUCUGCGACAAAUGCAAAGCCUGCAGGGCUAAAACUCUCACGCGCUCUCCCCGGUCACUGCUGUAAGUAGUCCGCGCCGCUGAAAGUUGAUAUUAUGGGCUGGACAACCUCUGAACGGAAAGAGAGGAGAAAAAAAACGACGAGGAAAGAAUGCAUGCUGACUAUUAGCUUUUGCCGGCUGAGGGAAAGGGAGAGAGAGAGGUCCGCGAUCUUUCACCGUUGUGUCGGGUCUAUGCAGUGCUAAUGCAUGUACAGACGUUUUGAAUGACGUGUGUUUGGAGUAGCCGUCGCCUGGUAAAAGUUUAGACAACUUCUAAGUUAAGUCAACGCUUUAUUUCACAGUUGAACAUACGUGUCCAAAAAACACGGAAAACUGAUCACAUUUCUGCGCUCAUUCAUGAAGUCCAGGCCGACCAAGCAGAAGCUGAAGCAGAGAGGUAUCCUCAGGGAGAGGGUGUUUGGGUGUGACCUGGGAGAGCAUCUCCUCAACUCGGGCCAUGAUGUCCCACAGGUACUCAAGAGUUGCACUGAGUUCAUUGAGAAGCAUGGAGUGGUUGAUGGAAUGUACCGUCUCUCUGGGAUCGCAUCCAACAUUCAGAAGCUGCGGCAUGAAUUUGACUCUGAGCAGAUCCCAGAUCUGACAAAAGAUGUUUACAUCCAGGACAUACACUGUGUGGGCUCCCUGUGCAAGCUUUACUUUCGAGAGCUUCCCAACCCACUUCUCACCUACCAGCUGUAUGAGAAAUUCUCGGAGGCCGUGUCAGCAGCCACGGAUGAAGAGAGGCUGAUCAAAAUACAUGAUGUCAUUCAGCAGCUGCCGCCUCCGCAUUACAGGACUCUAGAGUUUCUUAUGAGACAUCUGUCACACUUGGCCACCUUUAGUUACGUAACAAACAUGCACACCAAGAAUUUGGCCAUUGUUUGGGCCCCCAACCUACUGAGGUCAAAGCAAAUAGAAUCAGCUUGCUUCAGUGGAACGACGGCAUUCAUGGAGGUGCGAAUACAAUCUGUUGUGGUAGAGUUUAUCCUUAACCAUGUGGAUGUUCUCUUCAGCCCCAAAUUGAGCUCACUCAUUCGAGAGGGAACAGGACAUAAUUCAUUGUCUCGUCCUAAAUCGUUGCUGGUGCCAUCCCCAUCCACUAAGCUGCUUACACUAGAAGAGGCGCAAGCCCGCACUCAAGCCCAAAUCAACUCACCCAUCACUGCGGACAGCAAGUACAUUGAAGUAGGAGAAGGACCGGCAGCCUUGCAGGGAAAAUUCCACACAGUCAUCGAAUUCCCCACUGAGAGGAAAAGACAGCCCAUAAAAUCGAAAAAGUCUCCAGUUGGCAGUUGGCGGUCGUUUUUUAACCUUGGCAAAUCUUCCUCGAUGUCUAAACGCAAACUACAUCGCAAUCCAAGUGAACCAAAUGAGCUUAAAGCAAUGGCAUUGGCUGGAGGAAGAGGAGACACUGCAACUCUUCGAUCAGCCAAAAGCGAAGAAUCUCUCACUUCUUUACAUAAUGUUGAAGGAGAGUCUAAAAUGUACAGACCGCGCAGACCUCGAUCCAGCAGUGAUGCCCUGUCUGCUUCUUUCAACGGUGACCUGCUAGAUAGCAGACAACACUGUAACUCUUAUGACAACCUGGGUCAAGGGGACAGUGAUGGCGAUGAUGGUCCAAUCUGUGUGCCUGCCCUCAUCUCCCCUCCACGCUCCACCGAUGAUGUGGACCUUAGCCCCCCUGACAUCGGCAUGGCCUCUUUAGACUUUGACCCCAUGUCUUUCCAGUGUAGCCUUCCUCUUGCAGAGACUUCCAUUUUCUCGCUUGACACAGAUGCGGGCAGUCUAAAGCGAAGCCCGGGUAGUGCCAGCGGCUCAGGUCCUAUCUCACCAGUGAGAGCAAAGGUUACGAGUCAGUCUCCAAAACACAGUCCGUCCUUAGGGGAUACUAAUAAACUGCCCUCUGCAUCAGAGAAAAUUGCAGUUCAGUCCAUUGAGGUCAGUGAGAAGUCAACUGCUUUGACACCUUUAAGCAUAACCGAACCAGCUGCCUCCGUGAUACGGAGAGGGCCCGAGAGUUCUGCGCUUCAAGCCUCGUCCCCUUCAUCUCCGCUCGACUCGCCAGCCAAAUUGAGCUCUCUUUUAAGAACCACUGACCUGCCUUUGAGUGAAGCUAUUCAACAAGAGCUUCUCUCUAAAGCUGCUACCUUCGAGAAUAAAGACAUAUCAAACAUUGAAUGUUCACAGCCACCACAGACCACCUGCUUUCAGGAGCAGCCAGGAUCUAUAACUCUGGAUUUGCCAGAGGGCAAUGUCCCUGCCAGCUCUGUGUCCCUGCUCCCUCCCCCUCCUCCACCAAAGAACGCCGCCCGCAUGCUUGCACUAGCUCUAGCUGAAUCUGCCCAGCAGGCCACCAUUCUCUCUCAGAGGCGACCCUCUGGACCCCCAACGCCAGUCUCUCCUAUUAGGCCGCAGGAGUUUUUGGAAACUCUGGACUGGCCACAGCCUCUUUCAUCGCAGUCACAGACAUCCCUGGAAGAAGCUGCAGUAGAGGUGACAAAGACUUCGGCCACCCAAUCCUCACCACCCUCCACGCUAACUACAAAAGUGACCCGCUCGGCCAGCUUGCACCUCAGCACAGCUGAUAGUGUAAAGCCACCCAGCACUUCUUUCAGCAGUCAAGAUGUUGUUUCUAUGGUGACCCCAAGCCAGAGUGAUGUACCUGACAGUCAAGAUCAAGUUUCUCAGAUACAGAAAAGCCCAGAGAGGCAACAGCCUGCUGUGGGCCAAACACCUGUGAGCACGACUAAAACCACUACCGCAGCCAACACACCAACCGUCAACAAGGAAACUUUCAUUCAACAACCCAGCUCUGAGAUCCACAUGGUUGAAAAUGUCCUGCCAACAAAAUCCAUCAAAACACCAGAGCAACCAGUCGCAAUUCUCCAGCCUCAGCCUCAAAUACAGACCCAGCCUCAGUCAACAUUUCGGUCUCAAGUUCAACCUCAGUCACAGGCACAGCCUCAGUCUCAACCCAGAUCACAACCAAACGCUCGAGUUGCACCUACCCCUGCAACGCCUAUUGACCCCAUUGAGAAACCACGGGAAGCCAUAAAGCCUGUCCAUCCGAAAGCAGAUGCUCCUCAACACCAUACUCAUGGAGUGACACCUCCAACGCCUCCUGUUCGCUCUAUUGACAGUAAGCUAGCAAUGGCUGCUCUCUGCAACACUGAGGCAGCAAACCCAGCCAACUUCCAUGCUGUCUUAUCAGACGCACCCACGAGAGGCUCAGUGGAAGAGACCCCUCCACAAUCUCACCCACCUCAUCGCAGGUCUUCCACUCAUCUGUCUGGUUAUGUUUACCACUCAAAAGGAGACACAGCAUUACUGGAGCCAACAGCAGAUGCAUAUUAUCAUCAGCGGUUAACCCCUUCAGGCCAGUCCUCUGUAAAUUACCAUUAUCGGCCAGAAAGCGUUCCGCCUCAUAUUUCUUGCGUGUCAAAAUCAGAGCCGCAGAUUUCUUACAGAGCUCAUGGUGAUGGCCGUUACAAUACCAUCGGACCCAGAUCUUACCACCACUCCAUCAAGUCUCGUGGCCCACAGAGGGGUGAAUACAUUUCGUCAAGCACACUGCACCACACCCACGCCUACAGCCCAGUAGAUGGACCUACUGUGUACCCUACCAUCCGAAGGGUUCACUCCCUACACGUGCCUCCCACUGCUAUUCGCUCCGUGCCAGUUACCAGAACCGAGGUUCCACCAGACGAUGAACUUUAUUACUACCAGCGCCCAGUCUACCAUUGCAAAUCGCACCAACCGUCUUCUCAAGCCGACUAUCACGUGACACAGCUGCAGCCUUAUUUCGAGAACGGAAGAGUUCAGUACCGUUACAGCCCCUACUCUGGCUCUCACACUUUGGAAGCCCCUUACUACGAUGUGGACCAUUACGGUACUAUUCGCUUAAGACACGUCCAUUCGUUCAGCGGUCGGGACACUGCGCCACUGCUUGGCCGGUCUGGAGGGAAGUCUGGAGGCUAUCACUACCUUUCACGGCAUAUCAUUCCUUUAAAGGAGCACAGCUUUGUUAGCAGGGACAUGCCUCCUUACAGUGGCUCAAAGGGGAGUGUUUACUUGGCGUGGGACCCAGAGGAAGCGGAGAGGCUCCGCGUACACUCAAUUCGAAGAGAAAGCCGAGCGAGGCAAAAGGUGAAGGGUUCUGUUAUGUCUCAGUAUGACAAUGUCGGACACUACUUGCCAAUGGAUAUACCAAUGGACACUUUACACUUGCGCAGCAAAUCAGACCCUGGCAAAGCAGUGUUGAUGGCUACUGAGGGAAAGGAGACCAGAUACAACGUAGCUUCUGGGUCUCAGCAUGCUCCCAGGCACUUGUUCUCAGAUCCAGAUGUCCUGAUGUACAUGGAAACGGAGAAACACUGCCAGGGAAAUGGAAUGGGGGACAAAGCCUCCAAACAGGGCAGCACUAGGACCUACUCAUCCAUCCAUUCACAUCAACCACGAAGCAUGCAGCACUUACCAGAUGGCGGCCAUAUUGAUCCUAAAUUUGAACCAGGGGAAAAGCAGUCGAGUAGUAAACAUUGGCAAGAACACCCGGAUAGCAGGAACGCUCCGCCUCGUUACGAAAGAUCAGAUUUAGAUCGCCACAUAUGCAGGGUGAGUGAGGAUGAACAAUCAGCUCCUGUAAAGCCAACACCUCCACCCAAACCCGAAAGAUCUCAUAAUGUCAGAGAGCGGCAGCAUUACAGCCAGUCCAGUCUUCCCCCCCAUUUGCCAGACAGCUCGGAUCACCACAGUGGAUCUUAUAUUCACCAGUCACAGGCGCAAAGACAAAGCACCAUUACGGUACAGUCGCACUACGACAACCUUGAUGACUACCACCCAGUACCUCAGUCCCAAAGUUCACAAGCAAAUCGGGGUGGUUCCAGUUCCUAUCAGAGCCCUGGUUUCUCAACCCCACAUAAUAAUCGGGCAUACUCCACUGCCUUGGGACAGGGCGCCUAUAUUCAAGCUGAGCUUUUGGCGCAGAGGCCCGAGGCAGAAGUUAAUGCUGAAUGAGAAGGCGAUAGGAUGGAUUUUGGAUGUUAUCGAAACUGUCGAAAUUAAAUUUCUGUACAAAUUCAGCAGCCUCUGCAGGACGGUGGACUGCCUUUUGACUCUUUACAGUUUUGCUUUUUUAAUGUACAAAGUAUGCAAGACUUUUUACAGAACUGAAUGUACAAUACUUCAUCAUAUACUGUAGAUACUCUGUGAUAUUGGCACAUGGUACGUGAAUCAUAACCAGAAGAGAUAUGUAUAUCUGGAAAAAACUACUGGUUAUUAAAGGAUCCUUUAGUUCUAUUAUUUUGAAAAGGCCUGGGAUGGGGUACAAUCGGGGUGUAAAGGUUUGCAUUUUAGAAAUGCAUGUAAUCUAUCUUUUACAGAACAGUUCUGUGUACCUUGAUAUACAUUGUGUACUUUCUGGACAUUACAGUAACCAUGGAAAGGAAAAGCUGUUGUAGUCAUCCUCUUCCUAACUUUUCCACACGGUGAACACAAGUAGGUGGUACAAGUAAUCCUUAAUCUUCUGCCUUCAGAAGGUUGGGGGCCCAAAAUGUGCAUUUAUCGUUUGUCCAAACUGUGCCAUUACUAUUGUCUCAUUGGGUUUGAUCAGCAGCAACUGGAUUUGUUUAUUCAUUUGAAAACAUGACAUUGACUGAUAAUAUAUGACUAGUAGUUGGAUACAGUAGGUUGCUCUUUAUUGUUGGAGGGACCAAACAAUAAACGAGAAUUAUGAUGCACAUGUUGAGCGAAUGAAGGUAAAAGUGCCAAUGUGAAGAAGUGACUUAAGAAACAUUUCUCUCCUCAUAUUCAGGAGAAAUGUGGUGUUAUUGACAGUGACAUUUUGAUACAUGUAGUGAUUUAAAAUGUUUCUGACUUAAUGUUAGACCUGCACCUUACUUGCAAAUAUUUAACAAGCUCCAUUAACAAAUUUCUCAUAGAUACCGUUUAUCAUAGACUUCGACUGCGUUCUUCGAUGGGAACCACUUGCUUGUAUACUCCAUACAUUUACUUGUACUGAACAAAUUGUGCUUUUACAGUGUAAACGACAGCACAUAACCCAGAGAAAGAAUCUCUCAGAUGGAGAUACCAAGGUUUUAAUUGUUUAAAUGACUUUUUAUGAUUGGGAAUAGCUGUGUUUCAGUGUGUUCUUUUUGGUUGUUGUUUUGCCAAGUCAUUGCAUGUUACUGUUCUGUCAGACAGUAAUUAAUAUUUCAUAACAAAUGCCAGUUAAUUCGUGUUAAAGUAUUCAAAUGUGAGCCUAAGCUCAAAAUGGCAUAAUUUGUAUGUUUGUGGUUGAUUCCCAAAUAAUAUGUUUUUGUGUUU